UUGGUGUAAUUAUAAAUUAAGUGAUAAUAGAUAUCUGUAUAAAUGGUGCGACAAGUUCGAAAAUCUAAUACAGUGACAGUUAAGAGUUUGUCAUUAAAUAGAUUGUUUUUAUGUCUUUUAACUACCGAGGGAAAUUUGUAAGAGAGCAAAGAUGUUAAAUCAAGCUGUUGUCGAAGCAUUAUAUUCUGCAACGUAUAUCGAGAAUUAUUUAGACUGUGUGGAAAACUUGCCAAAUGAUUUACAGAGACAUGUAUCCCGGCUACGUGAGCUGGAUGCCACUUGUCAAACAUAUUUGCGAGAGGUAGACCAACAACAAGAAGCAUUAAAGAAUGAUACAGAUUUAGCAGUUAAAAGAAGAGCCCUUUUAAGAGUUCAACAAGCAUUAAUUGCAGCACAAGAAAUAGGAGAUGAGAAAUUGCAAAUAGUUCAACAAGUUCAAGAUCUCAUUGAAAAUAAAUCUAGGCAGCUAGACUUAGAUUACCGUAAUCUUGAUUUUGGAAAGGAGCAAGAAAAUAACGAAUCAGUUCGUGAAACAAAUGCUAAUAUAAAUUCUAACUCUUCUACUAAUGCAAACAACACAGAAAGACAACCAAAAAGAGCCAGGAGAACAAGAACAGACACAAUGGUUGAAUCUUCCAAUACUAUGGACAUGAUUGUGAUGACAGAAACACGUUCUAAUUCUUUGUCAAAUGCAAGUAAUGGUAAUCAAAAGAAGACAACUACUACUAAUACAGGCAAAAAGAAAAAAAGGAAAUCUAGACAAGGUAAUCAGCAAAAUCAGCAUCGUGAAGAUACUCCACCACCACUAGAAGAUGAUCUUGCAAUUGACCCAGACGAACCAACGUAUUGUCUGUGUGAUCAAAUAUCAUAUGGAGAAAUGAUAUUAUGUGACAAUGAUUUAUGCCCUAUAGAAUGGUUCCAUUUUUCAUGUGUUUCAUUAAGUACUAAGCCCAAAGGCAAGUGGUUCUGUCCAAAAUGUAGAGGGGACAGGCCAAAUGUUAUGAAACCCAAAGCACAAUUUUUAAAAGAAUUAGAAAGGUAUAAUAAAGAAAAAGAAGAGAAAUCGUAGCAGGAGAAGGUUAGUGAACAAUAUAAAUACAUUGGAAGACUUAAUUCAAAUUAAAGACAGCUUUUAAGAUAUACCUUGUAAUAUUAAGUGCUUUUUAAAAUCUUAUUAAACAGAGCGACUUGUGGCAACCAAUGAAAUGGGUCUAUCAAUAAUUUACUUACUUACAGCAGCAGAUAAAUUAUAUUUGUACAAUAUUUGCUAUUGUAAAUACUGUAACAACAGUAAAUAAUUAGAGUAAAAUAGAAAUUUUGAGUGCUGUAAAGUAUGUUUUAAAAUUGCUUCAUACUUGUUCAAAGUAGAAAGCUUAGUGAGCUUCUACACACAUUAAGCAAUAUAUGUAUAGUAUAUAAAUACCAUACAGAUCAAUGAUAAAUAUCUAAAAUAUAUAUUUCACGUUCAAAUUACAAUAGCAGUAUUAAAAGACAGAAAGUAACUUUUGUAAUAUAAAUUAAUUGUGUCAUAAAUAAAAUAACUUAAGAUCAAUAUCUUUUUUAAUCGAUU